AUGAAGCAACAACGGGUGCCACCGCUUUCGCCUCUGCAGAAGAGCGUGGGCGAUGUGCUGCCGUUGUGGCCAGCGCCGAGGCAGCUCAGCGUGUCGAUGGAGACGCGCUUGCUGGACGCACUCCGCUUCGAGAUCACCACGGAUGCCGAGUGUGACGUCACGAGGCGUGCCGUUGAACGCUACCGCAAGUUGGUGCGGCUGUCGGCCAUGCCCGCUUCCAGCAGAGCUGCCCCGGAGAAGAAACCGGCCGACGCGGCUGCCGGUCUGCUGGCGCGUCUUCACGUGGUCGUGCACCAACACUCUGGCGUCCACUGCGGGUAUCCGCAGCUCAACGACAAUGAAAAUUACGCACUCACAAUACCGACGCGCGGCGACGCCAACUUAACAUCGAUGACGGUCUGGGGAGCACUGCGAGGCUUGGAGACAUUCAGCCAAAUGGUGCAGGCACGGCCCUUUCUGCGAUACGCAACGAUCAACUGCGGUGUGGUGCACGAUUUUCCGCGCUUCUCGCACCGUGGAAUUCUAAUCGAUACGGCACGCCACUUCCUCCCUGUACCGGUUAUCAAGCAGAAUCUGGAUGCCAUGUCCUACAACAAGUUGAACGUCCUUCAUUGGCACAUGGUAGACGACCAGUCGUGGCCAAUUUAUAUGGAAACCUUUCCCAAUCUUACUGAGAUGGGCGCGUACUCCAAGCGCCACGUGUACACGACCGAUGACGUGCGCGGAAUUGUGGAGUACGCGCGGCUGCGUGGCAUCCGCGUCGUCCCGGAGAUUGACACUCCCGGACACACGCAAGCGCUGGGACGAGCUUUUCCCGAUGUCCUCACGCCCUGUUACGUCAACGGCAGCCGGGGUACCGCGAAGUGGCCCCUGCACGCUGCCUUCGAGAUGCUCGACCCGACGAAGAACCAGAGCUACAGCCUGAUGCAGUGGCUUCUUCCCCAGGUGGCACGGCUAUUUAAAGACCGCUACGUGCACCUCGGCAUGGAUGAAGUGCACUACUUUUGCUGGAAGUCCAGUCCCGAGAUCGACGCAUUCAUGGCACUGCACAACAUGUCGGCCGCGAGAGACGUCGAGCAGUACUACGUGGAACGGACUCUGGACAGCGUGGGACGGACAGGCGCCAAGAUCAUGGUGUGGCAGGACCCCAUAGACAAUGGAGUAAAGGCCUCCCGCAGAGAUGUCGUGGUACAGGUGUGGAAGGGGGCCGGCAGUGGCUUCCGCAAAAGAUGGCGCGAGUACGCGGCCUUGAUCUCCAGCUACGGAUACAAGAUGGUCAUUUCAAGCUGCUGGUACGUGGACCACUUCAGCCACCUGAAGAACUGGACGUACUAUUACGCCUGCGAACCUAGGAGCUUCAUAGGAACACAGAAACAGAAGCAGCUGGUCCUUGGCGGCGAAGCCUGUAUGUGGGGCGAGUACGUGGACCGGACAAACCUCCUCGCCAACCUGUGGCCAAGGGCUUCAGCCAUCGCUGAGCGCCUCUGGAGCAGCUCCAACGUCAGAAACACCAAACUGGCUGCACCCAGGCUGAACGCACACCGCUGCCGCAUGUUAAGGCGCGGAAUCCCCGUGCACCCUCUGAACAGCCGGUCAUGCGAAGAUGGAGAGGAGUUGGACUUCCGCGAUGUCUUCGAGAUGGACUAG